UUAAUAAAAAGAAUUACACAAAUAAAUAUUAAAUGCAAUAAAAUAAAAUGUAUAUACAUCAUAAAAAUAUGAAUGAUAUUUCGGAGAAUAUACCAAAUGGUUCAACAGUACCGGGUGGUGUUAGCAGUGGCACAGCCAGUACUGGUAUACCAACUGUCAAUGAUUUAAACACAAAUAGCACUUUUAAAAGUUCCAUUGUUAUCGAUAAUCAACCGAAGAGACGUGUUAGCAUUGCUUCAGAUCCUGCCGCUGAGGGUCGUCAUGUAGGCGGCUAUGAUAAUCCAGCGUUUGAACAAAAUCCUAGAAGAAAAAUAUCACAGGUGAGUGUGAGUGAACUAAAAAAAAAUAUAUUAGUUUAAGAAAUUAAAAUCUUU